AUGUCAAAUCAUUCACCCGCCAUUACAGAUAAAAUGAUAGAAAAACCAGUUUAUAUGCAGCGAACAAGAAUGAAAUUGGAAUCGGCGAAAAAUGUUCGAGAAAAAUUCUCAACAAAAAUUUGUGGUCAAGACUUUGUUAUUUAUCCAAAUGUCUUCAAUCCAGAUAUAUUCUUUGCGACAGAAUUUCUAGCAAAAGAAGUCAUUGAAGUGGUGAAAGCAUUUCAUAACAAAGCACCGAAAGUUCUUGAAAUUGGAACGGGUGCUGGCUAUACGACUAUAUUAGCCAUUUUAAAUGGUGCAUCUCAUGUUACAUGUACUGAUAUCAACAAAGAUGCACUUCAAAAUGUGAAAGAAAAUGCAAACAAACACAAUGUCGCAAAUCAAACUACUAUCAAAUACAGCGAUGUCUUUAAUGCAUUGCAUUCUGAUGAUAGAUAUGAUAUCAUCUUCUGGAACUAUCCGUUCGGUCAUAUCAACAAAUCAGUGCAAGAGCUUGAAAUGCUAGAACGGGCAGUAUUCGAUCCAUUUUAUGAAUCACUGAAUGUAUACUUAAAGAAUGCAAAUGACUAUUUAAAACCAAAUGGAGGAAGAUUAUUUCUUGGUUUUUCAACUACAGCUGGUUGCAAAGAGACUUUUGAAGAUAUCGCAAAAACACAUAAAUGGAAUAUUCAUCUUAGAAACGAAACAAUAUCUGAUACUGUCCCUAUAAUGCAAAUGGGAUUCUAUGAACUUACAAAGUUUGAGUAG